UUUGAUGAAUUGCGCGGGUGAUCUUUGUGUCUUGACCCUUGCUUCCUUCUCAAAGAGACAAGACACGUCUUGGUGGUUUCCUUGGUUGAGAAAAUCUUAAGCGCGGCACGGCCGCCCGAACAACAAGCGCAUCAUCUUACGUGGUAUUACACGGGAUUGCACGGUGAUCGAUCACAUUUUCCAUCCGCCAUCAAUCAUCUCUCGUGUUCCUUUCACUUUUCACAUCAAAAUCCAUCAAACAUUUCAUACAAAAUCCUUCCGGUUUCAAUAACCUUAAUAUUUUAUCCACUGUCGCGUUAUCUACGGGUCUUUCGCGUCUCCUGUAUACGCUAACUCCCUGGUCCAUCACCGGACAGACAGUCACGGGACUAUCAUCAAAGAAACUUACUCUUGGGCUUCCUCAAACCUCGUCAGUACGCUGGGUGGGCUGCCCUCUGUCAACAUGGCACAGCCCGCUCAAUCAGAAUCCGAGAUUCCCACUGCUGAGCCGCCAAACUCGAGGCCAAAAGAUGUUCUCCGCUUAGUGUGCGGAUGGAACGAGAAGACAAACACAUAUCUCUACAGAGAUGAAGUAGUAAAUCCGCCACCGAUUUAUGGCAACGGCCCGCAAAAAGCAGAAAAGGCAGAAAAAUCGGAAAGAGUCUCAAAACGGCCGAAAAAAGCUACGGCAAAGGUCAGAUUGUCGAGAGGCGAGGAUGUCAAGGUUUCCUCGGCAGACGCCAAACCGAGGAAUGUUUCAGCGAGGGGGAGGGAGAAAAUGGAAAAGCUGAGGAAAGAGAGGGCAGUUAGGAGAGGCAAGAAGGCGACACCGCACCAGCAGCCAAGCCCUGCAUCAACUCCUGCGUCUGAAGCUGGUCACAGGUCUCGCAGGAAGAGAGCACCAUCUCAAAGUGUCAACUCCGAGUCUAGUGACUCAGAUGAUGACAGCUCAGAUGAGGUUCCUCCGGAUAAACGCCUCUAUGCUGUCCCUGACCACUUGCAAGGCACUGUUAGGCCAGUUCCUAGGCCUGAAAACAGUGGCGAGAUGCCGUGGACAGACAUGGAAAUUACGACUGUGCCACUCCCAGAGGAUCCAGCCGUCAAAAUCGGGGGAUUCGACAAUAUCAUGGUCACCCUUGUCAGCCCGGAGAAUGGGAAACCUCAUAACGAGCCCGCCAAGGUCUUGGACUGCCGGCUUCAUCCUGACGGCACGUAUUUUCUUCUUGUCUCGUGGUGGUUCGAGCGCCGCGCGCUAUCGAAAAAUCUCGUGGGCUUCAAGCGCUACCUGGACAGAAGAUGGCCCGCGGACGCCCCAUUCAAAUUUGUUCUCGGCUGCCAUUUUGACGUCAUCACCAAUGAUGCUAUCACGGAAAAGAUGGAGGAUGACGAGAGAUUCUGCAAUUCUAUGGUGUAUGGUGGCGUGACCCACAACUGCGAACUCUUCUCUGACGUGCCGGAUGAGAUGGAGCGACGUGAGUGUCUGAAGAAGGGUGCUAAAGGAGACGCGCGACUGGUGGAAGAGCGAAAGCAGAAGUCGUUGUUUCGAAUGCUUUUACGUCCGGAGAUGAGUGGAAAAUGAGAUUACGUUGGCGGCAGUCAGCAGUAGGAUGGGGGUGAAAAGAAUGCUUUGGGGAUAGGAAUGGCUGCCAGGCAAACGAAAGCAAUGAUGGCUGCUUGGAAUGCUUUUAUGUCUUGGAGCUGAGUUGACGGGCAGCUGGGAGAAGCUCUGAUCAGAGGUGGGAAGAGUACGACUAUGGGAAAAAAUCGCCAUGAUCAGAGGUGGAAAGAAUACAUCGAGAAUGGGAAUAGCUGACUAUGCAUUUGCUUGGAGCAAUGGCUUUGCUUCCGCGUGUAACUGUAUGGAGAGGCAUGGGGAUGCCGCAAGGUGCUUGGGAUUGGAGUCGGUCGGUCAAUUGAGUUAUACGGUUAAGAUUUAUAUUCCUUAGCUUUGGCAACAAAUAUUAUGUGUUAGUAGAAGCGUG